AUGACAUCAAAGAGUAUUACGGUGAAUCCACGUGUCGUACUCGGAAUGUUUAUCCCGUUUGUCAGUGACAUAAAACCUAGCGCGCAGGAGAGCUUCAAGUGCCCCGAUGACUACGGAUUCUACCCCCACAGUCGUUCGUGCGACAAGUACUGGAAGUGCGACAACGGCGUCGCCGAGCUGAAGACUUGCGGCAACGGCCUGGCCUUCGACGCGUCCGACCCUAAGUACCUGACAGAAAACUGCGACUACAUCCACAACGUCGACUGCGGAGAGCGAUCUCAGCUUGAGCCCGCUAUCAGCGCUCCCCACUGCCCGCGCCUGUACGGUAUCUUCGCCGACGAGGCCAAGUGCGACGUCUUCUGGAACUGCUGGAACGGCGAAGCUUCUCGCUACCAGUGCUCUCCCGGCCUCGCGUACGACCGCGAUGCUCGCGUCUGCAUGUGGGCGGAUCAGGUUCCGGAGUGCAAGGUCGAAGAGGUUGCUAAUGGCUUCAACUGCCCUGCUGCCGGUGAACUGACGAAUGCUGGCUCUUUCUCCCGUCACGCCCAUCCUGAAGACUGCCGCAAAUACUACAUCUGCAUGGAGGGUGUGGCUCGUGAGUAUGGUUGCCCCAUUGGCACCGUUUUCAAGAUCGGUGAUGCUGAUGGCACUGGCAACUGCGAAGACCCUGAGGAUGUUCCUGGAUGCGAGGACUACUACGGUGAUCUGGACAUCAAGAGCAUCCGCAAGAGCGAGCUGCUGGCUGGAUUGAACCACCAAAACCGCAACGCCCCCUCCCCAGCACCAAAGGCCUCCAAGCCUCGUCCUCCUUCCCAGGGACCUGGUAGAGCCGCCCCCCCGAACGCAAGGCCAGCACCUGCUGAUGAUGCUGCAUAGAUACACACAAUGCAUUACCUCCCACUCUCUUCUAGUUCAUAGUUACUUUCAAUACAAAACCAUUUUCUACUUCCUUCAAAUGACCAUUGUAUUUCUUCCUAAAGUAGUGUGUGAACAAAUUUUAUUUCUUCAACUAUUUUCUACAUAAACUGUUACCUAACUUAAUAUAUCCUAGUGAAAUAUCAGUACAAGAAUUUUUCACAUGUGAUCUUGAAGUCCUAAGUCAUACAGACUUUAUAGUCUGUUUCAUUUUUUACUGUAUAUUUUUGAUUCAAAUCUUCUCCUACACUAGAUAUUCAUAGACAACUUACAUCUCAGAAAGACAUAUCACAAACUACAAUCUCAAUUUUUUUCUAUGAAAUUAAUUGUAGAUUCAUCUGUCUUUUUUAACACACUUUGAUUGGCAGUGCCAAUGUUUCCUUAAUAUACACAAUUUUGCAACAUUGUACCCUACCUGACGUACCUUAUCCCAUCUUAAAAUAAACUUAAUGAUGAAAAUCUAAAUCCUUGCCAACUUAACUACUACAUACAAAUCUUUAAAAGUGAGGAUUAUUAUGGUGACCUCAAUCUGAAGGCACUGAAAAAUUUGGGAUUAAAAAAGUGAAGAAAUUCCAGGUUUUUGAGUGACAGUCUGAAAGACUCUACAGCUUGAAUGUUGAUCCAUCAGGGGAAUGUUGUCAAAGUGUGUGUGUUAACUGAAAGUCGAUCAUGUGAUUACACUUGAAGGAAAAGACCUCUCCCUCACAAUCAUAUUUAUAUUCACCAAUUCUUACUCUCUUUAAAUAAACUAUAUAUAUUACCCCGUUUCUGCUUCUCAAGAAAUGCUUUAGGUAAGGUAAAUACUGUAGAUCUGUGAUUGAAGCUGAAUACACCUGAAAGAAAUUGUGCCUUUUAAGAUCACUUUUCAUACUGUGGCAGGAAUUGUGCUCAAAUCUGUACCACACUUUUUCUCAAUAUUGUUAAUUAAAAUAUUAUUUAACAAUAUUGUUUUGUUGGUUCCGAAAAAAUGUAUGUAUGUCACUUGUGUGUUUUUUGUAAAUAAAAGAUUGUCUCUAUGUUAACA